AUGGGGGAUGACACAAAGCCCCUAAUAGGUGUUACUCGAGUUUACCACAGAGAUUCAUUCUGUCGACAAAUAAGGAAUUGGAUGCUACGUCCCUCCAGUUUAAGAAAAUGUGUGGUUGCUAUUAUUGUGCUCACAGUAGUAUUAAUUAUAUAUUACUCGCAACAGAUACGCUCACCUUAUACCAAAUUUAUUCAUAGGAACACAAGACCGGAACCGAACAUACGAUGCGCAGUUAUGAACGGGCCGCGCAUCCUUCAGAAUCACGACCACAAAACGGAGGCGCGCCUGCGCAGCUACCCGAAGGUGCUCGUGUUCGUUGAAACGGCCUACUCGACGUUGGGCAAGGACAUAGCCGAGCUCCUGGUGCACACCAGGAUCAAGUACAAGGUCGAGGUUACCGGCAAAAGUUUGCCGGUGCUGACGAACUUGGACAAGGGCCGGUACGGCAUCAUCGUGUUCGAAAAUUUCAACAAAUACUUGCAGAUGGACAAUUGGAACAGGGAGUUGCUCGAUAAAUACUGCAGGGAGUAUUUCGUGGGGAUAAUCGGAUUUAUAACUCCCGAGGAAGAGACGGUGGUCGGGUCGCAGCUAAAAGGAUUCCCCCUAUUUAUACACACCAAUUUAAAAUUGAAGGAUGCAGCUUUAAACGCAGCUUCGCAAAUAUUAAGACUGACGAGGGCUGGUGAAACUGUUUGGGGCGAGUUACCUGGUAACGAUUGGACGGUUUUUCAAGCCAACCAUUCCACGUACGAACCCCUAGAAUGGGCACACAGAUACGAUAAUUACUCGCCUACUCAAAGCGGCGUAAGAACUCCUUUACCUACGGUGAUCCAAGACCACGGACUCUACGACAACAUACAGCGCGUCAUAUUCGGCUCGGGUUUAAAAUUCUGGCUGCAUAAGCUUCUGUUCUUGGACAGCCUUAGCUAUUUGAGCCACGGCCAACUCAGCCUGUCCCUGGACCGAAUGCUAUUGGUCGACAUCGACGACAUCUUUGUCGGCGAAAUCGGCACGCGCCUGCGUAUGGAAGACGUUAAGGCGAUGAUCCACACGCAGGAGAGAUUGGCGAGCAUGGUGCCGAACUUUAAAUUCAAUCUGGGGUUCAGCGGAAAGUACUUUCACCACGGUAACAAAGAGGAGAACAAAGGCGACGAUUUGAUAUUGCAGAACAUAGACAAGUUCAUGUGGUUCUCUCACAUGUGGAACCACCAGCAACCGCACUUGUACGACAACCUGACGUUGCUUAUCGACGACAUGAUGAACAACAAAAAUUUCGCCAAGUCCAAAGGAAUUCCGGUGGACUCCGGAUACUCCAUAUCGCCGCAUCAUUCCGGUGUUUAUCCGGUACACGAGCUUCUAUACACUGCCUGGAAGAAAGUGUGGAAUAUACGGGUCACCUCAACUGAGGAGUAUCCUCAUUUAAGACCAGCCAGACUAAGAAGAGGUUUUAUACACAAAAACAUUAUGGUCCUUCCCCGACAAACGUGUGGGCUUUUCACGCAUACCAUGAUGAUUGAUAGAUAUCCGGGUGGUAGAGAAAAAUUGGACGAGUCCAUACAGGGCGGCGAAUUAUUUCAGUCCAUAGUAUACAACCCAGUGAACAUAUUCAUGACUCACAUGUCUAAUUACGGGAACGAUCGGUUAGGGUUGUACACGUUCGAGUCCGUAGUCAAAUUCGUUCAAUGCUGGACGAAUAUAAAAUUAAAAUCGGCACCCCCCUUGCAACUGGCUGAAACGUACUUCAAGUUGUACCCGGGAGAGUCCGAUCCGAUUUGGGGGAACCCCUGCGAUGAUGUGAGGCAUCAAAAGAUCUGGUCGCGGAAUAAAUCGUGCGACUCCCUGCCGAAAUUUUUGGUGAUCGGCCCGCAAAAAACUGGCACUACGGCCCUGUACACGUUCCUGGCCCUGCAUCCGGCCAUAGCCAGCAAUCUUCCCAGCCCCGAUACUUUUGAAGAGAUUCAAUUUUUCAACGCGCACAACUACCUCAGAGGUCUCGAUUGGUACAUGAACUUCUUUCCGACGGAAGUGAACUCGUCUGCUCGCUAUUACUUCGAGAAAAGCGCCACCUAUUUUGACGGUGAGCUGGUGCCAAAAAGGGUCCAUGCUCUACUGCCUCACGCCAAAUUGGUGACGAUUUUAUUCUCGCCCGCCAAAAGGGCCUACUCGUGGUACCAGCACACCAAAGCGCAUGGAGAUAUUAUCGCUAACAACUACAGUUUUCAUCAGGUGGUAACUGCAAGCGACACAGCUCCAAAACCGCUAAGAGAUUUGAGAAACCGGUGCCUAAAUCCGGGAAAAUACGCUCAACAUCUGGAACGGUGGUUGUCGUAUUUUCCCGCGCAAAGCUUGCACAUCAUAGACGGCGAAGCGCUAAAAAUCAACCCCGUAGAGGUGAUGAACGACCUGCAGAAGUUCCUCAAAAUCAGUCCCUUCUUCAACUACACGGAACACUUGAAGUUCGAUUCGAAGAAGGGUUUCUUCUGUCAGGUGGUCAGCGGCGAUCACACAAAGUGCUUGGGGAAAGGUAAGGGCAGGCAGUACCCGCCCAUGGAGGAAAAGUCGCUGAAACUGUUGCAGAGGUACUACCUCAGCCACAACACGGCACUGGUGAAGCUUUUCAAGAAGAUCGGCAUCAAAAACGUACCGAAAUGGCUCAAAGACGAUUUAUCUGAUACCGCGACGUAG